AUGUUCCGUGCUACUGUUCCCGCGCUGAGGAAGCUGCAGCCGCUCGGCCAGCGUGUGUUGGUGCGGCGCACGAUGCCGGCGAAGCAGACGAAGGCCGGCGUGCUGAUCCCCGAGCAGAUUGCCGGCAAAGUCAACGAGGGCACGGUGGUCGCCGUCGCCGCGGCCUCAAAGGACUGGACGCCCACCGUGAAGGUGAACGACACCGUGCUGCUGCCCGAGUUUGGCGGCAACAGUGUGAAGGUGGAGGGCGAGGAGUUCUUCCUCUACAAUGAGGACUCCCUCCUUGGUGUGCUGCAGUAA